UCCUCUAUCAUGUCUUUCCGAUUUCUCAUUCUGAUGAGCCAGAUUAUAAGUGUGACCUAUGCGCUUGAAAUGUUGCGUAUGAGGAUAUCUUCCCCCCAACAUGAAAUGUACCGUGUGGAUUACGCUACCUCAGACCAAGUUAAUAAUAAGGAGUACGACAGCAUGUGGCUAGAGACCGAAAAGAUACACGAUACUUUUGGACGCUCGGAGAUUGGACAGCAAGCUUUGGAUUUGCUCAAGACGUUGAAGACGCAUGAUGGCGAUAGUCCAACUCGGAUUCUGGUAGUCGACAAGAUAGCCGACUGGGAGAAGUUUUGGCUGGAGCGGGAGCGGCCUGCCGCCACAUUCCACAUUUUCGACUCUGCCGACAACGAUCUACGCAAGUUCAUCAAUAAAGCAUUCAGUAAACACUUGCCUAAUGGGAUCCCAUACAUGAGAAUAUUGCCCCUCAAGGACAGGAUUUGGAUCGAUUAUAAUACUGAAAUUCCUAACUCUAUGGGAUAUUUGACCGAUUGGAUACCAUUGGAAACAGCAUUGGAAAGCUUCAAGGGUAUUUCAGAUCAGGGGGAGAAAGCAAUCCAGCUUAUCGAGCAUUAUGCUAAGCUUAACACCGAAAACGCGAAGUCAAAGACAAAAAUCGAUUUCUCGGCUAUCCUGGUGGAUCUUGGUGAUAACGGAUGGGAAGAACUCGAUAGAUUUAAUUCUGAAAGGGGUGCUUACUACUCCCAUGUUUCUGUUGAGGAUCCUAAAGUGGUAACUCUGAUCAACAAAACAUUGUGCCAACUUUGA